GUCAUCUCAAACAGGAAAUGAGCGGCAACAAAACUUUAUUAGCAAACACCAAACACGCCUCGGUCUGUCAUUAAAGGUGCCAUGUAGUUAGCUAUGUUAAGUCCACAAUUAUAUGUUAACACAACACUUCCCGUAACCGCCGUUUUCUGACGUGUUGAAUAAUUUUUAAAAUCGAGUCGUUUUGAAUCGCUUCUCUUACAUUUACUGGUAAGCUAACCAACGGCUAACGGCUACAUUGAUUAUACAUUGAUUUGCAGUAGCACGUUAAGCAUUUCUGUUGGCUUGUACCAAAAGUAAGCACCAAGUGUAUGACCGUAGUUGUUUUUCGUAUAUUAUUCACACAGUGUAUUUAAUGUGGAUAAAUCGUAACCGGAAUACUAGUGAGGAUAUUGAUAGCUAAUGUAGUCAAGGUCAGUCUUGCUUGUUUUGGUUCGUAUUUUUGUAUUUAGAUUGGAUAUCAGAAGUCUCAAAUACAAUUAAGUUCAAGUGCAACGUCAUAUCCACUUACUGAUAGAUCCAGGUUUGCUCACAGAGUUCUGAAAUGCUUGUGUUGUUAAAUUAGAGCAUAACAUAUCAUGAUGCAUCUCCUGAAGGUGCACUACCAGCUGUCUCCUGUGUUGUAGCUCCCCUGUACAGUUACUGUUGUCCAUGGUAAGAUGCUUCUCCGGACUUUGUGGUCCAGACUGGGAGCUCAUCGGCCUGUAGAGAGGAAACCAGUCUGCAUCUGUGCCUCGGCCAGUCUCUCCCUGUCUGUCCAGCCACUCAAGUAUAAAUCCAAACCCAGGACUCACUCAAACUGGUCUGACCCAUGGAUCUUCUCAAGGACCUGUUCUUUAAACACUCUUCCCCAACCACAGAAGCAUAUAAGACAUGUUCUGCCUGCUUCAGGUGGACUUAAAAGUCUUAGCAGCACUUUGUUAACUGACCCUGGGAUACUGACUGAAUGUCAGAAGCGUUUUUAUUCACCUGACCUUGUGAAGUCAGUGUUAAAUCCCAGUCUAAAACCAGCAACGGUGCCUGGAAAGAGGGUUCCCAAAGGACCAAGAACAAAACAACCUUCUAGAGCCAAUCAGCCUUCCCUGAAUGAGGACAAGGACAUGAUGCAAUGUAUUGCCUUUGCAACAGCAGAUCAGUAUCAUUUACCAACACUUUGCCACGACUUGAUAAGCCACAAUUUCCAUGAGAUAGAUUUACCAAGAGAUGCCUCAAAUGUGCUGGUGAUAAGCACAGACAUGGCUGCAAAACCAGAUGACGAUGCUCUAAUGUUCUUUUUCAGGGAAGGCUCAGUAGUUUUCUGGAAUGUUGAGGAGAAAACGAUGAAAAAGGUGAUGAGGAUAUUGGAACAUCAUGAGAUCCAGCCCUAUGAAGUAGCAUUAGUCCACUGGGAAAAUGAGGAGAUUAACUACGUUGUUGGAGAGGGAAAUACAAAGCUUGAGCGUGGCAACUUUAUUCUGAGUGACAAGAUGGAUCAACAUGAAGCUGUUCUGGAGAAAUUUGCAUUUUCAAAUGCACUAUGUUUGUCCGUGAAGCUAGCGAUAUGGGAGGUGUCAUUAGACAACUUUGUAGAGUCAAUUCAAUCAAUUCCAGAGACGCUGAAGUCUGGCAAAAGAGUUAAGUUGUCCUCUGCAGAGGUUAUGAAGAAGAUAGGAGAGCUUUUCACAUUAAGACACUGUAUAAACCUGAGGUCUGACCUGCUCCUCACACCUGAUUUCUACUGGGACCGUGAAAACCUGGAAAAACUCUAUGAUAAGACCUGCCAGUUCCUCAGCAUCAACCGCAGAGUCAAUGUUGUGAACGAGAAGCUGGAACAUUGUACACAGUUAACAGAUCUGAUGAGGAGCCACCUAAGUGAGAAGCACAGUUUGAGGUUGGAGUGGAUGAUAGUCAUCCUCAUUACUAUUGAGGUUUUGUUUGAACUUGCAAAAAUGAUCUUCUAAACUACUCCUCCAAUAAAGCACAAAUAGAAACACUAGAAGCUCCAAAGGACAUAUGACAAAUGUACUUUGUCAGUGAUAUGUGACAAUGUUUUCUGGAACUGAAAUUGUGAAGCGGACCUAAAUAUUUUUGAAUGUCUUACUGUUCCUGUUGUAUAGUAUAUACGUUUCAACAACACACAAUAAAUCUCUCUCUCUUUUUUUACCAUUUCUGUACUGUUUUGCUGAAGAUCAUGGCCUUGUUUACUGCUUUUUUUAAAAUAUAGCGCAUCAGUGGGACUUGUUAAGUUUGGGAUCAGUAAUGUUUUUUUUUAGCUUUGUUAGCUGAAUUUAUGCGUUUAACAAUGUUCAUUUUAUUUUUACAUUAUGUGCAAAAGUCUAUGAAUGUUUUUCAAUAUGAAAGAUACUGGUUUUUAAAGCACUUAAUUGGGACGCGAGGGUAGAGACUCUCACCUCGACGUGUGACAUUAUUGUGACUCUAGCAAUAGAAAAAAGAAAACAAGAUACGAUAAUAUUCAUUAAUAAUAUUACUCAAAUUCAUCAAAUCCAAGAACUCCAACUGUGAGAGUCGUGUUAUAGAAGAUGCAAUAAAGUAUUUGUUUUAAAUGUU